AUGCUGGUGGAUCUGAACGCGUUCGCGGACGAGCACUUCGACCCCAAGGCGUGGGUCAACGAUGCGUGCGCCGCGCUUCCGCCGGAGGAACCUCCGGAGAAGUUCCUCGCGGACAUCGAAAUGAAGCUGCAGCUCUUAUCGGAGGACAUGGGCGGCGCGCUGGAGGAGCAGAGCGCGGGCGCGCUGCUGAGGGUGCCGCGCGCCGUGCGGGAGACGAAGCGCGUGCGCGACGACGCCGUGUCGCUCAAAGGCACGGUCGCCAGCAUCCUGCAGCGGCUGCAGCAGGUGGAGGCCACGUCAGCAGCAUCAGUGGCGGUGCUGGCAAAGGUGGAUGCAGUGAAGCAGCAGAUGGAAGCAGCGAGAGACACGCUCCAGUAUGCGGCGGGGCUGGCGCAGCUGAGCGCGUCAGUGGAGCAGGUGUUCGCCAGUGGGGACCUGCCACGUGUCGCCGAGACAUUGGCCAACAUGCGGCGCUGCCUGGAGGUGGUGGGCGAUGCGCCGGAGUUUGCAGGCAACAAGAGGCAGUUGCAAUCGCUGGAGGACCGCCUGGACCAGAUGGUGCAACCGCGGCUGUCAGACGCGCUCACACACAGCAAGUUGGACGCGUGUCGCUCGCUGACAGGCAUCCUGGCGGCCAUAGGGCGGCAGCACACAGUGGAGGCUCUUUUCUGCCUCGUGCGCUGCCGCCCGCUCACACGCCUGUGGGAGCAGUUCGAGGUCACUGCUGUGGCGCCAGGCGCAGGCCCACUAGCAGCAGCGUUACAGUUCCCGGAGUGGUUACCAUGCUGGUACGAUGAGAUGCUGUUGGCAGUGGAGCAGGAGGCGCGCUGGUGUGUGGCAGCCUUCCCCCACCACGCCUCCCCUCUGCUGCUGCGCCUGCUCACAGCCACAUGGGACGGGCUCUCCUCCAGCUUCACUGCCCGCGUCGAUGCUGCUGUCUCUGACGCUGCCCUUGCUGCUCUCGCUAGUGCUGCUGCAAGCGAAUCAGCGUCUCAAUCCCGGCCGUCCACUCGCCUCGCUCUCCUGCUCGCCCUGCAUGCCACCACCACCACCUUCGCCCGCAACCUCUCCCGCCUCCUCGCCUCCCUUCCUACCUCCGCCACCGCCGAUGCCACUAAACCAUCCUCCUCUGAGAAAAACACCCAAGGAGCCGCCGCAGCAGCAGCAGCAGGAGGAGGAGGGACAGGAGGAGCGGCAGGAGGAGGGGCGGGAGGAGGGGAGAAGGGCAGCAAGAGCAGGGGCGGGGAGGAGGGGGGGGAGCAGGGGGGGGAGGGCCCAGUGAGUGUGAGCGCGGUGGUGUGGGCGGUGUUCCGGCCCUUGGAGCCGUUCAAGCAGCGCUACGGGGACUAUGAGCGCGCACAGCUGGCGGCGGAUCUGGCCGGCAUAGAUCUCCGACCGGGCGGCGCAGUGAAGCAAGUGGGGCAGCGCGGACUUGUGCUGGCGGAUGCUGUGCGGCGCAUGGAGGCGGCCAUCCCAGCAGCCAUGGCAGCACUAGAAGCAGCCGUGGAGCGCUGCCUCGCCUUCACAGGGGGCUCAGAGGCAGCAGCGCUGCUCACCGCUCUCGACCACUCCAUCCUCCUCUUCCUCUCCCGCCUCUCCUCCUGCCUCCAAUCCCUCCCCCCCAUCUGCGGCCUCUCCCCUCCCCCCGCUCCCACCCCUCCUUCCUCCACUCCUUCCGCUCCAACCCGAGCCUCCGGCCCAGGCUCGGACCGAACCAAUCCAGUCUCAGACGAUCCGUUAGCCAGUCUACCGGACCCGGCAGGGUACGGUGGGUCGGGGGCAGGCGGGGUGGAGGAGGAGGAGGAGUGGGCGGUGGUGCAGGGAGCGCUGCAGCUGCUGAUGGUGGCAGAGAGUGUGGCAGUGCGCGUGGCUGUGUUUGAAGCCUCCCUCCGCACUGCCCUCACGCAGCUCUCCCCCCGCCUGGGCCUGGAUGCUGGGGGGGAUGGCGCAGGGGAAGGGGGAGGAGAGGGCGCGGGAGUGGAGGUGAAACGGGUGGGGUCGGUGGGUGGUGCAGGGGGAGGGGGAGGGGGAGGCGGAGGGGGAGCGGGAGGGGGAGUGGAGGGCAGUGAGGUGGAUGUGGCGGUGCUGAGACUGGCAGAAUAUCCCGACAAGGCACAGCGGCUCGCCAGGCUGCUGGACGAGUUGAGAGACCCGCGCAUUCAUGCGCUCCCCCGCACAGCACAGCGCGUGAGAAGCUUCCAGGAAGCAGUGUCGUCACUGGUGUAUGACGUGCUCAUCGCCAAGGUGCGGCGGCAGCUGGCAGGGGUAUCAACAAUGCCGGACUGGGCAUUGGGAGAGGAGGAAAACGUGUUUGACCUGCCUUCUUUCAACGCGUACGCCCUACCGUACAUCACGGCCGUAGGAGAGUAUCUCCUCACUCUCCCCCAGCAACUCGAGCCUCUCGCCGUCGCUGCCUCCGAAGCUGCCCCGAGCCUGCUCCUGCAAGCCUCGGCAAGCGGUGCUUCGGCAGGCGGAGAAUCCGCGACGCCAACCGCAGCAGGGGAGGAGGAUGCGGGGGCGUAUUUCGUCCGGGAGUGGAUGACAAAGGUUGCUGACGGCGCGACCUCGCUAUUCGUCGAGCAGAUUCGGGCAAUUCCCGAGGUGUCGGAUCGGGGGGCACAGCAACUAGCAGCAGACAUUGAAUAUCUGUGCAGUGUACUGUCGGUGCUCUAUGUGGCUGCAUCGCCUGCUAUUGCGACCUUCCAAGCGUGCUUUGCCACGCCCAAGGCGAGCCUAGUGGAGUUUAUCGCUCAGGAGAGCGGUGUUGGGGGAUCGCUGGAUGCCACCACUGCUCGCUUGGUCGCCAAGAUGAGGCGGGUUGCGCUGGAGUAA